UGUACUGUUGUUAUAACCUAAUCCUCAGAUGAACUGAGUAGUAAUUACUGUUUAGUGGUCACUGAAACUGACCAGUGUGGACGUAAGCAAUUCUAAAAUCGAUAAAAUGUCAGACGCAACAACCACAACUAUAUAAGUACCGACCGUCUGCUUAGUAAUCGGCAGCUGAACAUAACACACUCAAGCCAAGUUUCAGAGAGAGUCGUGAUGGAUAUGCUCUUCCUUAUCAUAAGUUCUCUCCUGAGCUGUGUUUUGUUGUGGAAAGUCAUCGCCAUCAUCAAAACAUAUAUAAUAUAUAUUGGUAUAUAUAAUUCGGAGAAGUUCCUGUCAAUAGGGAAGUUUCAUCCUAUCUGGGGACAUCUACACUUGAUUCCGGAGUUUUCGGAUUACGUAUGUUUGGUCAGGAAGGGUAUUCAGGAAACUGGCAAAAGGAUCAGCGGUGUAUGGCUGAUGUUUUUCUUUCCUAUACUGACCGCAUGUCACCCCGAGACUGCCAAGGUUUUACUGAGGUCGUCAGAACCCAAACCGAAGAGAUUUGGGGAGGCUUAUUACACCAUCACACCAUGGCUGGGUGAUGGAUUAGUUUUAAGCAAUGGCCAUAAAUGGGAGAGAAACCGACGUCUGCUUACACCAGCUUUCCACUUCGAUGUAUUGAAGUCCUAUGUUGAUCUGUAUAACGAAGUCUUUGACAUUUUCCUAGACAAUAUGGCAAAGGCGACAUCAAGUGGGAAAAGUGUCGAAGUUCAGGAACCAUUUAUUCUGGCAGCCCUGGAUACCAUGCUGAGGUCCGCAUUUUCGCACGAUUCACGCGUACAGGAACAAAGUUCCGAACAUCCUUAUGUGGAGGGUGUCAGACGCCUGACUUACCUUACAACAUAUAGAACUUUGAGGCCAUGGCUAUAUCCAGAUUUCCUAUUUAAAUGGUCAGCAGCUGGAAAAGAAUAUUUCUCCCAUACGAAGUACAUACACGAAUUCGAUGAGAAAGUCAUACGAGACAGAAGAGCCUCACUGAAGUCUGACCCCUCCUCAUCAGAAAAACACCGACUAGACUUCCUGGACAUUCUACUGACCGCUCGAGACGAGAACGGUACAGGACUGACCGACCGUGAGGUCAGGGACGAGGUCGAUACUUUUCUCUUUGCUGGUCAUGACACCACUUCCGCCGCUCUUGGUUGGGCUACUUACCUGCUUUCUCAGAAUCCAGAGGAACAGGAGAAAGUAUAUGAGGAGGUGGCACUGGUAGUGGGUGACAAGCAUGAAGUGGAAUGGUCGGAUAUACAGGCUCUACAGAGGCUCCCACUGUUCAUUAAAGAGUCAUUACGGAUGUAUACCCCAGUUCCUCUUAUCUCCAGGGUUACCACGCACGAGACGGAGAUUGACGGACUGAUUAUACCAGCAAAUAAUCAAAUCACAAUUCUUAUCGAUGCGAUGAAUCAUAGAGAGGAUGUCUGGAAAGAUCCCGAGACAUUUCGACCAGACCGUUUUCUGGAUGAUUCAAGCAGAGAUCCAUAUAGCUUUGUACCGUUCUCGGCUGGACCGAGAAACUGCAUUGGACAAAACUUUGCCAUGAAUGAAAUAAAGGUUGCACUCGCCAAAUUAGUUAAAAGAUUCCGACUUCUCCCAGAUAAUGAUCACACGCCAGUACUCUCAUAUGAAGGAAUACUACGCUCGAAAGUCCGGACUCUGGGUUAAACUCCAACAAAGAGAUGAACAGAACCGGUCCUAAUGAAUGUUAUUUAUUAACUGGAUGACAGGAUCUUACGGACAUGAUUUCCAUAUCACAUAAAACUUGGUUCAUAAAUGUGGUCAACAUAUAAAAAGAGUAAAUAUUUCAAAUUAAACAUGUUGUAGACAUCCUUAGAUGUGUACCGGAUAAAGCAUGUUAGUUGUUGUUAUAAUGUACUCUACUUCUUGAGACUAUUUUUAAUGUUAAUAUUUAUUGUGAUAUGAUUUUGUGAUAAUACUCAAAUUAAAAUGUUGUUUUGGAUGGCUAUACAUA